CUGUUAUUUCCGAGAAGACAAAAAGGCGGCAGAAUUUCUCUUGCAUAUAUAAAAAUACGCCAUCCAUCUUCAUUAUGUUUGCAAGACAACUUUCCUACAUUGCUUCCAACAACAAACCUCUUUUGACUCGUCAACUGUUUCGCUCUACAGCUUAUUUUAGUACAAAAAAAAUGCCCACUGCUAUGCAUAUCUCCGAUACCAUGCUCGAUGGCUUGAUCGAGCAAGCUAACCAAGAGUUGAACGCUUCCAACUUGUAUUUAUCCCUUUCACUCUGGUUCCAUGAUCAAGAACUUCCUGGUAGCGCCACAUGGUGCCGCACACACUCUGCUGAAGAACGCGACCACGCUUUGCGUAUUUUCGACCACAUCAUCAAGCGCCGUGCCAAGGGAGCUCUUAUCCGGGAUGUAAACCCCAAAGCAACCUUUGACUUUGCUAGUCCUGCAGAAGCUUGGAAAUGUGCCUUUGAAAAUGAACAGGAAAACAGUCGUCGCAUCCAUCGAUUGAUGUCAAUGGCUCGCAAGGAAGAGGAUUGGACGAGCGAUUACCUGCUACAAUGGUUCAUCAACGAGCAAUUGGAGGAGGAAUCAGCGGUCGAAGAUAUUUACACUAAUGCUGUGGAGGUACUCAAGACCAACGGUCUCUAUCGACAGUACGAUGAGAAGAUUAUUCACAAAGAACAUUAACGCAUCUGUUGAUAAUAUACAUACAAAUAAAUAAUAAUCCUGAGAAUCGAU